CUGCCGGCAGAAAAGCGGCUUAAAGGCGACGCGUGGCGCGAUGGCGGCGGCCCCACGCGCGUGCGGGCGGCGCGGGUGGCCGCUCCCGGCGCUGCAGCAGCUACUGCUGCUGCUGCUGCUGUUGCUACCGCCGCCGCCGGGCAGCCCUCGGGGCGCCGCCGCCUAUUUCCCGGAGGAGCGCUGGAGCCCCGAGUCGCCACUGCAGGCGCCGCGCGUGCUCAUCGCACUGCUGGCCAGGAACGCGGCCCACGCGCUGCCCGCCGCGCUCGGGGCCCUGGAGCGGCUGCGGCACCCGCGAGCGCGCACAGCGCUGUGGGUCGCCACGGACCACAACUCGGACAACACCACGGCGGUGCUCAGGGAGUGGCUGGUGGCCGUGAAGAGUCUCUACCACUCGGUGGAGUGGCGGCCGGCCGAGGAGCCCCAGUCCUACCCAGAUGAGGAAGGCCCGAAGCACUGGUCAGAUGCCCGCUACGAGCACGUGAUGAAGCUGCGUCAGGCGGCGCUGAAGGCCGCGCGUGAGAUGUGGGCCGACUACAUCCUGUUCGUGGACGCAGACAGCCUGCUGCUCAAUCCUGACACGCUCACCCUGCUCAUGGCUGAGAAUAAGACGGUGGUGGCGCCCAUGCUCGACUCUCGUGCCGCCUACUCCAACUUCUGGUGCGGCAUGACGUCCCAGGGCUACUACAAGCGCACCCCCGCCUACAUCCCCAUCCGGAAACGCGAGCGCCGCGGCUGCUUCGCGGUCCCCAUGGUGCACUCGACCUUCCUCAUCGAUCUGCGCAAGGCGGCGUCCCAGCACCUGGCCUUCUACCCGCCGCACCCCGACUACACCUGGUCCUUUGAUGACAUCAUUGUCUUUGCCUUCUCCUGCAAGCAGGCCGAGGUGCAGAUGUACGUGUGCAACAAGGAGGUAUAUGGCUUCCUGCCUGUGCCCUUGCGCGCCCACAGCACCCUGCAGGACGAGGCCGAGAGCUUCAUGCACACCCAGCUGGAGGUCAUGGUGAAGCACCCGCCGGUGGAGCCGUCCCGGUUCAUCUCAGUGCCCAGCAUCCCAGCCGACAAGAUGGGCUUUGAUGAGGUCUUCAUGAUCAACCUGAAGCGGCGUGUGGACCGGCGGGAGCGGAUGCUGCGGGCACUGCGGGAUCAGGGAAUCCAGUGCCGGCUGGUGGAGGCCGUGGACGGCAAAGCCAUGAACACCAGCCAGGUGGAGGCGCUGGGCAUUCAGAUGCUGCCUGGCUACCGGGACCCUUACCACGGGCGACCGCUGACCAAGGGCGAGCUGGGCUGUUUCCUGAGCCACUACAGCAUCUGGAAGGAGGUUGUGGACAGGGGCCUGCGGACGGUGUUGGUGUUCGAGGACGACCUUCGCUUUGAGAUUUUCUUCAAGCGCCGCCUCAUGAACCUCAUGCGGGACGUGGAGCGGGAGGCGCUGGACUGGGACCUCAUCUACGUGGGCCGCAAGCGGAUGCAGGUAGAGCACCCGGAGAAGGCAGUGCGGCGAGUGCGGAACCUGGUGGAGGCCGACUACUCAUACUGGACGCUGGCCUAUGUCCUCUCAGAGCAGGGCGCCCGCAAGCUGCUGGCCGCCCGGCCGCUGGCCCGCAUGCUGCCCGUGGACGAGUUCCUGCCCGUCAUGUUUGACAAGCACCCAGUGGCAGAGUACAAGAGCCACUUCUCGCCGCGCGACCUGCGCGCCUUCUCCGUGGAGCCGCUGCUCGUCUACCCCACACACUACACGGGUGACGACGGCUACGUGAGUGACACCGAGACCUCGGUUGUGUGGAACAACGAGCACGUGAAGACUGACUGGGACCGCGCCAAGUCGCAGAAGAUGCGGGAGCAGCAGGCGCUCAGCCGCCAGGCCGAGAACUCGGACGUGCUCCAGUCCCCGCUUGACAGCGCUGCCCGCGAUGAGCUCUGAGUCCCCGCGGCUCCAUGCCAGGAGAGGGGGGAUGGGGACACGCAGGGACAUGGACACAGACACACACAAAUAGAGACGCACACAGACACACACACAGACAUAGACACAUAUACACAGACACACACACAAAGAUCCACACACAGACACACACAGACACAGUCUCCUCGCCUGCCCCACACUCGUGAAGCCUCACAGCUCUGAACGGUCUAGGAGAGUCAUUUUCGUCAGUUGCCAGCUGGGUCUCCGCCACGGCGCCCCGCCCCCACAUGCCGCCUGCUGCCCAGGCCUGGUGCUGCCCAGGUCCAUGGAGCAGAGAACUGGGCGGAGCCAGGACCCCUGCGUAACGUGGUGCUCCUCCCUGCUGCUGGGGCCGGGCAGCUCUGUGGGCAGCGCUGGGCCCCACUGCGCCGGGCCUCACGCCCCGUGGGCAGAGAAAGGUGGAUGCGGCCCAGGAACGACGCUGGUUCUUGCCUCAACAGGGCUGGCCGUGGCUGCUGGUGACCCCUGGCCGCCCUCAGGAACCCCCCAGGAAGACCAGGUCCCCCAGGAGGGGGCCAGGCCCCCAUGCCAGCCCCCCCACCCCUACCUCUCCGCCGUGACCCCCUUAAAGCCUUGGCGGAGUCAUGCCUUUGGGGCCCCAGAACAGUGGGCUGGCCCCUGCUGGACCGACUCAGGCCACCGCGGCACCUUGCUGUCCGGGAUAACGUGCUUCUAUAUUUUUUUUAAAUUAAAUGUCUUGGUUGGUUCCCCCA